AUGUCGUCUAGUCAGAAACCGGAGGAGCAGCUGAAGGCGUUCGUUGCGGAGGACCCGAACUCGCGGUACACCUUUGACGGUGAGCGGGGCGCACCACAGUCCGAGAUCUGCAGGGAGGGCAAUGAAAAGAGCAGGAAGUGCAUCACGUUGAUGAUGCAGUCCACGGCCAUGUUCUCGGCCAUGCAGUCGCAAGGCUUCUUCUGCGCUCUACCCAUGGAGCCAGGUCGGACACACAUGGAAUGCAGACGCAUAUCUAAAUGA